AUAAUAGCAAGGCGCAAAUUGCCGCCGGAGUAUUGUAUAUAUGAACGCGAGGCGUUGCGCGGUCACUGUGGGGUCAAACCGAGAGCUCGAUAAGCCAAUUAUUAUAGGUGCUUUUUUGGACUUAUAAUUUAUAACGUGUCUUCGUCAUUAUAUCAUUGAUGCGGAAAUAAUGUAAUGAUAGAUGGUACAGAUUUUCUUAACAAUCUCAUAAUAAGACAACUAUAUUUUAAUUGGAUUAAUUACAAAAUCACGUAAAAAUGUAGUGCUAUUUCAAAUUCUUGUUUCGUAUGAUUUUUCGCAUACUAAUAUCAGCGCAUGUGAAAGUUCAAUCAAGUGAGUGAUAAGCAAUGUAGAAAUGCACAAAUACGGUUUAUAUAUACGUACCUAAUAACGUCAUAACGUGAACAAAAACAAAUUAUUUUGCGAUGCGUCUUAGCCCAUAGGAGAUAUUUUAUUGGGUUAGUUCCUUAUCCCCUCUUCAAUCUCUAUUAGGCCGAUGUUCCCAUCGAGACAUUUCACUUUGAUAUUUUUUUUCAACGAUUCCAUCAUUAACAGAGUUAUUGAAUGAAUGGUUGGCAUGCUGAGAGAUUAUUACUGACAUGAGCUAGCUAAUUAUUUUUUAAACAUUGUAUAUAAAGGAACGUCGCGGAGCGAACUUUAUUGCCGAUGACUUAACUCAGAUCGAUAGUUUUCAUUAGACAAUAAUAUUGUCAAGAAUGAAAUGUAUAACAAUUUGUUAUUGUGUACAGAAUACUAGUAUUUUGCGUUCUUGUUAAAACAGUGAUAAAUUAUAAUAUAAUUGUUAUAACGGAUAGCGGUGCGAUAGCGAUCAUUUUAAAGUCGCGGAUAUUAUGUACGCAUCAAUACGUUGUUCUUAUAGCCGAUGGUGAGAGCAUGUCUUUCUUUGGUAGUAGUACUUAUAUAAGUUGCGCAGCUAAGUAGAUUAAUGCCGAGGUGGGCCUGGCCGUUAGACAAAACUGCGCGAUUAUUUGAUGGCCCACAGUGUGUGAUCGUGACGACAGAUAUAGGGACGGGAUAAUUAAAUCCUCACAAAUGUUAGUUUUUAUUCAUUUUUAGAUCUAAGAUGAUUCGCAAAGUUUUUAUGAGUUUUAACUUGUAUGACAAUUAAUUGUUAAUAAAAUGACACAUAUUUUUGUAAAGCUAUAUUGCAGGUCUAAUAAAACAACCCAUUUUUUAGCAUUUUGUAAAGUUAUAGACUUCGGAAAACAAAUUAUAUGCAAAGCCGUAUAUUCGUGCAAAAUAAAAACAAAACAUAACCUAUGCGUUCACUUUAUAUUUUAUAAUACCUAUAGGUACUGAUACGACGUUCGAGAGUUGUUUAAACGUCUGCUAUUAUAGCUAUAAUCUGCAGAUCCCUACCGCAUCAGCAGCACCUAAAUUGUCAAUGGGCUAUCGCUGGAUGAUAGUAGAAUAUAAAUUAUGUUACGUCGUAUAAUAGGUAUAACACCUAAAGUUGAAUCAUCAAUUCGUAAUAAUCAAACAAAUGCGUGCGCACAUGUACACUUAAUAUUAUAUAUAGGAUGUGCCAGAAAAUCACAGUCCACAGAAGAGUAUAUUCGUGGGUAGUACUAAUAUUAAGUAAUACGGAUAGAGAGAAAACGAUAUACUUAAUAGACAGAAGCGUCAAGUCGCGGCGCAUUUAUAAUAAGUAUACGUACACAAGAAGCAACGCACAUGCCGCGAGUUCGCGAAUCGAAUGAGUCGAGAGCGCGCACGAGUAGGUAUAUGUAUUGUAUGUGCGAAGUGGUCAGCCCAACUGCCCAAGUGUCCGAGUGCAGUGGGGAGUUGUAUAAGUUGUUAUAGUUGUAUGUAGUUGCAACUGCGAUCUGCGAUCUGCCAUUGGCUGCCUCGUGGAGGCUCGUUAGUAUAGAGCAAAACCGAAGAGAGAGAGAGAGAGAGAGAGAGAGAGAGAGAGAGAGAGACCGCGAAAUACGCGCGCGCAGUGUACAACAGCCGUCUGUCGAGUGUCGUCUCAUCGCUGAAGAAGUCGCGUCGUCGUGCGACGUCGCGCGCGUUUAAAAAUAAGUGCCACUUUUCUAUUAUACUUGGGUGUGCAGCUAGUGCGUCGACGGAGGCAAAAUACAGAUACACCACAAUUAAGUGCAACGGUCCAUCUCCCGCACAGCUUCCCGUGAAGUCCUCGGCAGAGAUGCGAUGGACCGCUGUCGUUUCCGCGUGCGAGGCCCGUUGCCGCUCAUCGUGCUACUCCGAGUCUGAUGCAACAACCAAACAUCGGAGUCAUCGGCAGCAUCAUCGUGCGCGCCGCGACUUUUCCCUCUGCUGAGGACCGGAGGUACUGAAUCCAGACUGUCGCGGACUCGCGGCUGGACAGUGGACAUCGACUUCGGAGUCUACUCGCGUUGAGAGGCAAGCGCAGGAUCGCUCGCUAACUCACCAGCAGCAGACGCGGCUGACAGACUAAACCAAAUACGUACUUACUCUUGUGUAUCAAGUGUAGUGCUCGAGCACGCACUAGAUCGGAGCAGGUGCGAACAUAACCUCAAAAGUGCCUAUAGUGUUUCCCCAUUGCAGUGCUUCGUUGCUACCUAUAUAGGUACUCUUGCUGUGCGCGCCCGUGCCGUGUGGCUAUUAUAUAGGCUGAUGCUUGGCUCUUGUACUUGGGAUCUAUUUUUAUAUGCCGGCCGACGUACUUGGCAACAAUUUUACGUGUUGACUUGCGACAUCGGGUUAUAUAUAAGCCGCCCUGUCGCUGCUGCCGUCUGCUACCGCAAGAAGAUAGGAGUUGUGUCAAAAAGAGAGAUGUUAACGUAGCAGCCUCAAGGUGAGAUGUCACGCAGUUUGCCGGAAAGAGUGGCAGGGCUCUAUUAUGCCCAUGGCCUCUUCUGCUCUUCUCAUCCAUUUGCUGUUAUUUCACUAGCCAUUUCCAUUGCUUUACUAUGUUGCUAUCCACUGGUGAAUCUACCCAUGCCAGGAGUUGUUCCAAGAGUUGUAGUGAACGACUCUAUGGGACCCAUAAAUGGAUCAGAGAGUCCUGCUCUGUAUGUACAGCAAGUAGUUCUAAGAACUGCUGUGAUGCCAUGGGCAGAAGAUCUAUCACUGUCUGAUGCAUUCAGAGGUCCUCUCUUUGAAAUAUUCAAUUUAUUGGAAAUCAUUCAAAAUUAUCAAGAUACAGAGAGUUCAAAAUCACUAGGACAAAUGUGUUUGCAUAUUGAAGCUGUAAAAAAAAGAAAUGUUAAGAAGCCUGAGGUACUACCAGAGUACAAUUGUUUGAUAUUAUCACCAGCAAAUCUUUGGCAGAGGAGCAUUGAAGCAUUUAACCAAGAUACAAAUCUUAUCGGCACAAUUUUUUCUUAUCAGAAUCUACAAAAAGGAAAAAUUAGCACCGCAGAGAUGUUAUUUGGUAUGAACCUUAAAGAAACAGGAGUAAAGCGUUAUCCCUUAAGAGUUCGUCAAAGAAUAUUGCAAUAUGCAGUUACAAUGUUCUUAAAAGAGUAUGAUCCUGUAUUUUUAAAGGGAUUAAAACAAAGAUUGAUAACAUAUUACCCGUUACAUCAGUCUCAAGAUAAUAAUGGAUCAUACAAUGUUCCUAUUGAUGAGACUUUGCACAUACUUUAUCCUGGUGAAUUCAAUUACAGUGAUUUUUUCCCAUUGACUAUGACAUUUGUUGCACUAUUCGUUUAUGUGUAUUUCUCAGUUAGAAAAAUUGAGUUGAUCAAGUCAAAAGUUGGGAUGGCUGUUAGUGCUACUGUUACAGUAAUUGCUUCGUUAUCAAUGAGUGUAGGUUUAUGCUUUUUUUUUGGCCUAACAUUGAGCUUAAGUGGAAAAGAAGUAUUUCCUUAUUUAGUGAUAAUUGUUGGAUUAGAAAAUGUUUUAGUGCUUACUAAAAGUAUAGUCAGUACCCCAGCGCAUUUAGACGUGAAAAUUCGUGUAGCUCAAGGAUUAUCUAAAGAAGGCUGGUCCAUCACGAAGAAUUUAUUGACAGAAGUGACGAUUCUUACAAUUGGUCUGUUUACAUUUGUACCAGCAAUUCAAGAAUUUUGCAUUUUUGCAAUUGUUGGGUUAUUAAAUGAUUUCUUUUUGCAAAUGGUAUUUUUUUCUACAACACUAGCAAUUGAUAUUAGGAGAAUGGAAAUGUCGACUCAGAACUCGAAGUUUCAUGUGCAGAAUAUUCCUCCUUUAAGAAAACAACAAUUCACAACAACUAUUUCAAAUAAGAAACCAAAUAUUUUAAGAUCAAAGUCACAUCCAAGGCUAAAUGGACUGGCCCCUGCGAAUGGACCAACUAAUGUUAUAGCACCUAAUAACCAAAACACAUUGACAUUAGUUAAAAUUCCAAAACGUUUAAGAUUAGUUCAUUUUUGGGCAAGAACGAGGAUUUUCCAGCGAGCUUUUAUGGUGUGGAUGGUUGUUUGGAUCAGUAUGAUCAUAUAUAAUUCUGGCAUUAUUGAGCAUCUUAUCCAUUUAGGAGAAACAUUAAAAUUAGAAACUGGCAUUGAAGGAUAUACGAUUGAAAGACCACAAACUAUGCACAGAUAUUUAAAGAUGAACACCAUGAAACCUAUUGUGGCUCCAACCACUUUACCGCCAAAUCUGUUGCCAGUGCAGAAUCCGCCAUCGAAUAACAUGACGGAAGAGCUGAACAGACUGCGUCCUGUCGAUUUUCCCCCUUGGAACCGAUUGUCUCUCUACCACUGGUCUUCGAUCCUUUCAUCGUACAACAUAUCCAUUGCCGGUGAGCGCAUCACGAUACUUCCCACGAUCAAGCUGUCACACGCUGUUGGUCCCCAGUCGGUCAGGCAAAUCAGCAAUCCAAAUGACGUUCAGCAGUUUCAAUGGCAAAGCUUCGCGACUGCAGCUCUUGACCCUCUAGACUUUUCAGACAUGGAAGUUUCAAUAAGAACGGAAGGUCGAGGCUUCAACUCAAACACACCCUUUAUCCCUUCGAGUCCCAUGGAGAUCUUCUUAGCUGCCGUCUUGUGCCUUAUUAGUGUUAUUGUAGUGGCAUACACGAUGGUGGUACUUUACCGGUGUAUCUGUUCGCGCAACUACGCUGAAUGGCGAGCGAGCUGGUCAUCCUCUCAAGAGAAAAACAGUCAUGACUCGGCAACGCAGCUUGUCCUCGAGGCUGUACCACUCGUGCUCGAAGGACACGUACAAGAAGUUGAGUGCAUAGCUACUGAUGGCAAUACUGUGGCGAGCUCAUGCCUGGCUGGUCAUAUAAGAAUUUGGGACUCACUUUCUGGAGAGCAACUUGCACACAUUGACAGAAAACAAUUCUUUAGUAAUCCGCACAAUGAAGUUGUACAGAUUUCAAAAGAUCAGGAAGAAUUGAUGUCCGAUUACGAAAGCGGUUCUCCACCAUCCCGUGGUGAAAUGGAGGCUUCUAGCUCUCUUGGCAUGUAUUCAAGUAUCCCAAGCUUACAAAAGCGCAAAUGCUCGCCACCAGGACCUAGUUCUAUACCAAACCGUCUUAAUGGAGCACAAGUGAUGCCGUCAAAUAAACGCUACUCUGUGGGUAGCAACAAUCUGGACUACGAUUACCAAAUUAGUGAGAUGACUGACAGGCGACGUUCAGUGCACCGAAGUCUCGAUCAAACAUUUGAUUUUCCAGAUUUGCGACCUAGUAUCAAUACUAAGUUUACUUCAAUCAAAUUUACUUCAAGUCCGCCACUUCAACAAAACUAUGAGAGUGGUUAUGAUUUUGGUGAACAAUAUAAGCAGCUUUUUGAAGAGCAUCGUAAAUCAACUGCAUCUGACAAUGGCAUGUAUAAAUCCUAUAGUAACGAACAACUUGUCAGCAGUCCGCAAAGGUUAGACGCUAUGAAUAAUCUGUCAGAUAGUGUUAAUUCGUUGAGUACUGAAAAAACAUUACAAACGACUUACGAGGUGUCGUCGAUUUGGUGUAUGGACUAUCAAGAAAACUUAAUUGUUAUUGGCUGCGCUAAUGGCAGUUUGGAGUUUUGGGAAGGUACAACAGGGAAAUUCAAGUGUUUAUUUGACGAUGGGUCUGGACUUGGAAUAUCUGCCGUCAAAUUUGUGGGAAGCAAAGUAAUAGUAGCCAAAUUAAAUGGUUCUGUAGAUUUUCUGCAGCUUGAAAGUUAUAGCGAAGGACAACAAAUUGACUGGGGAUUCACGUCUUAUCGAAGAACUCAUGUUCGUACUGGUAGUGCUGGUUCCCCAAUGGAUUUCAACAAUAUAAUGCACUCAGAGGAAGAUCUGAGAUGUAUGAAAAUUGGCUCGCAUAGAGCUCACCAGCAAGCAAUUACUGUUUUAGAUAGCGAAGGUGGUCGUGUUUUGACUGGAAGUCAAGAUCAUACUCUCAAAGUUUAUAGGUUGGAAGAUCAGAUGCCUUUGUACACUUUGCAUGGUCAUUGUGGACCUAUCACUUGUCUUUUUAUUGAUAGAGUUAGCCCAAUGACUUCAGGUAGUGGAUCUCAGGAUGGUCUUUUAUGUGUGUGGGAUUUAUCGACUGGAACGUGCAUGUACAGCAUUCAAGCACAUGAUGGAGCCGUGGCUGCCAUUACAUGUUCGGCAUCGUAUGUUAUAAGUAUUGGUGCUGAUGAGAAACUGUGCGUAUGGGAACGUUUUCAAGGGCAUCUGUUACAUGCUCUUCCGGCACAUCGAGCUGCAUACAGCUUACAAUUAGCAAUGCUUACGCAUCACCUACUUAUCACGAGUAAUCAGGGAUCACUAAUAGUUUGGGAUGUUAGGACUGGUGAACCUAUCCGAGAAGUAAGACUGGGGCAUAAGGACAGUUGCAUCUUUGUGAAGCAAAUGUUACCAUUGCGAGACAGUAUCGUGUGUGAUUUUGGUAGACAGCUCAGGAUAGUGAGAUUCCCGCUGGUUUCAAACAAAUUGGACUAAGUUCGGUAGUGAAUUAAUUUACUCCGAGUGAACGGACAUUUCUUUGCAAAUGCGUUCCAAAAAGGACGACGUUGUGCUCGAAAAGCAUAUGUGUUUUUACUUCGCACGUUUUUAAGAAUUUUGUAAGACUUUGGAAUACCAAUGUACAGGUUAAUUUUUUGUAAGAUAGAAAGCGUGAGCGUGAAUUCGAUGAAUGUGACGUAUGAAAAAGUGUUUCUAGAUAUCAUUUGUGGAAAGCCUUUAUUAUUAUCGAUUAAAAUAGUUAAUAGAAGAAAAUA